AUGGCUUCCACGGAUGCGACACAUAAAAAAAAAGUCGAAUUGAGUCCAAAUGAAAUGGCUAAUCUAGUAUCGGCGACAGGCAUGACCAAAGCGGCAAUUCUUGCAAGUCUGUUGGGCAAAUUUCCUAGUGCUGGCAUCACAGAGCAAGAUUUUCUUGAUAUGAUCAAUAAACAAUCAUCUAAAGACGGCAAGACUAAUCCUGAAUUAAACAAGCUUAUAUUCAAAAUUAUCGAUUAUGAUAACUCGGGUGCGUAAGUUUACUAAAUCACGUACCUCAAUCAAUUUUUUUCUUAUAAAUGAAUCUGUAAAAUGAUCAAAAUCAAAAAUACAAAGUAUAAGUGUUUUUUCAUUUGAAAUAUCUCUCGUUCAAUCAGUUCGAUUUGAGGGUCGUAAAAAAUCAUCAAUAACCAAUGUCAUAUCAAGGAGUGUGAGGAAUGUUUAAAACUACUCAAAAUGUGUUUGUCAAUCACUUCGUUAACAAUAGACUCUGAAUAAUCACUUGAAUACUGUGAUAAAAGAUUUUAAAAAAAUUCGAUUAGAUCAAUCUGUAGAAAUAUUGAAUGUUAGAGUAUGUUUUUCUUUGCAAGUAGUAUCUGACAUUAUAAAGGAUUUUGUUCACAUGUACAAAUGUAUUUCACAAAAUAUAAAGCAAGAUUUAACGAAAUAUCAAAACAGUUUUUCCUCAACAUGAAAUCCUAAUUCGAGAAUGUGACUAAAAUCGAAAUAAACUGAUUGAACUUUAAUUAAUGCAAAACAUGUUUUAAUAAAAACUGGAUGAAAUUAAUCUUUCUUUCGAUCAAAUUUUUUAGGCAAGAUCGACUUCUAUGAAUACAUAUUGACCACGGGCUUGUUCGUCAAUUUUAAUUCAUCAUCCACGACAUCAUCAUCGAUUAAAUGUCUUUUUCGAUUAUGUGAUUCUGAUCGUGAUGGCUCUCUUACACAUGAUGAGAUCGCUAACUUCUUUUCCUUUCUCAUAAAGGCCGACCCAAGUGAUGAUGAGAAAAAAAACAAAGAUAUCCUAGAUAAGAUCAUGAAUAUUGUGAAAAACAUGUUUGCCGACAAGACACAUAUAUCAGAGACAGAAUUCACAAAAAUGUGUACUGAAAAUGAAGAAUUUAAAGCUUUGUCUAAGAUUAUAAAAACAUCUGCAUGGAUGGGACUUACAUUCCUUGGUUUAAACUGCAUGUGAUGGCAUUCUCAUUCAUAGUUCCAAGCAAUCGAAUGACUUUUUAUUCGAAUAAUAUGGUCUAAUAUUUAUCAUUAAUUUUGCUUUCAAUAUUAUCUUGUAUUCAUUUUUAAUAGUCCAAAAUAAAUCCUCUUCUACUCUAAAGUGCUUCUACGUGAAAGGCUUUAUGCUAUUCUAAUGAAUGAAUCUAUUGAUUCGAUGAUGUUGCAUCUUAUCUAACAGCUAACUUCGUACAGUCGAGUUGUGUCGAUGCACAUUUAGGUUCUGAGUAAACAUUCCAUGAAUAGGACUAGCAGGACUCAUACUGAGUAAUAGAUCACUGUAGCCAUGGGAUCGAGAAAAUAUCGAAGAUCGAUUUUUCUGACCUUGUUUUGAAUUCUACAGAAACCUAAGAAAUAAAUACCAUCAUUGAAUCAAAAAAUUUUAUUUUUUCGACAAAAUUUGAAUCUCAUCAGUAGCAAAGACCCGGAAUGAGUCCUGUGAUAAAAACGACUAUUGCAUUAGCAUCGAAAGAUUUUCCUUGAAAACAGAAUUUAUCAUUGAAUACUCUAUAAGGAUGACCUCUUCAUUAACAAAAACUGUAUUGACAUUGACAUAAUAAAAUAUUUGAUUCAUUCGACCGCUAUGGUAACUAUAAUUACAAAAGGAUUAUGAACUAUUGACUAUUUGUUGUUUGGAGAUUGGAACAAGAUUCCUAGUCCUUUCAGCUUGCUAACUCUCGAGGCAUUGUAUCAUCGAAAAAGUUCAACAUGAACUCAAUUGGCGGUGAGUAGGCAUGCACCAAACCCAAACUCAAACCCAAACCGUUUGGGAGUUUGGGUUUGGGUAUUGAGUUUGGGUUUGGGUUUGGGUUUGGGUAUAUGAGUUUGGGUUUGGGUUUGGGUUUGG